AUGUUGAGCUUGUACUUUCCUAAACCUAUUUUUAUCCUAAUUUUGUUUCAUUCCGUCAACUAAUGUGAUACUUUUAUAGUUCUGCUAAAACUGAAUAAAAUAGAUCGGGAAGGAAAGAACAGAGUGAGAAAAUCCAAAGGAGAAGAAAACGAAAAUGGCGAGAAGAGGGAGCAGCAGAGUAUUGUGGGGAUUAGCGUUGGCUAUGUUUUUAGGGGUGGCAGUUUCUUUCAGGCUUUGGGCUAUUCAACACUCUAUCUCUUCCGACGAUGCUGAGUUAAUAAGGAAACAGUUUGAUCUUGCCAACAAAGAGGCAAUGGAUGAAUCUGCGGAGUGGAGGCUGAGAUUUGAUAUAGAGGCAAAAAAGUCUUCCAAGUGUGCCAAAGAACUGGAAGAGAUCAAGGAGUCUUUUGAAAAGAAGGAAGAUUCCACUAGCUCCGAUAAAAGACUGAAGAUGCUGCAAAAGAAAAAUGCAGCUUUACUCCAGCAGAUAGAAACAUUAAAAAAUGAGCUUGAAGCCGAGAAACGAAGGUGUCAAUCAUAGUAUAGAAACUCCCCCAAAAAAAAUUUGCUGAUAUUCGGGUUGAGCACAACUUCUCUCUGCUACAUUGCUUGCAACUAAUUGGUUUGGAAUCUGCAGCCAAGUAAUUCAUUACGGUGAUGAACUUUGAAGUUUGUUCUUUCCCUAUGCAUAAUCAAGGCCUCAAAUUUUCUGCCGUCUUACUUGUAGUUCAUGAAAUGUUGAUCAUAAUCUUUUUUCUUGGGAAAAAUUUGGUGCAAAAUCA